AUCUCGUGACUUUACCCUCGUAUAUUCUCUUUCGCGAUUGUUUUUGUUUUGAUUUCAAAACGCGAAGAUGUAUAAAUCCUUUGAUCGAGUACAAAAGAGAUCAAAACACAUCAAGAUUGGUUGAAAACUGUGGGUAUGCUCUGGAGUAAAAGUGAAGACGAUUACACGCGAGCAAGUAUCGCACAACCACCUCCAACGCCAGGUCUUGCAUCAUGGGCUUUCAAUUCAUUAUUCAAUAGACAAACACCAUCCUCUAAAUAUGCGAAUCUUCAAAAGCAGCCCCAGAGGGCAAACAAUACAUCAAUAACCCCAAGAAGAAUUCCUAAAAGAUUCAAUGAUGAUACAUUACUUUCAAUGUCAAAUCGCAAAAAUGUUGCAUGGGGAGGUGAAGAUUUUAAAUUAAGAAGCCGUUCUUCAAGUUUUUCAGAAAGACCAAUCCAACAAAGGAGGUAUGUUGAUGAUAAUGGCUCGAUCCAUUAUAAAGACUCCAAAUAUUUUAAAGAUAAUGAACUAUUACCUGAUGAUAUUGAUGAAACUGAUUACAAAACAAAAAAUUAUCGUUAUGAUCCAACACCAAUCAAGAGAAACUCUAGUGCAAGAAUCAAUACAACCCAGGAUUAUCUAAACAAUGAAAAAUAUGGUAAAAGUUCAUUACCACAAACUUACCCUGGGAAAUAUCCAAGUCCUUAUGUCCCGAAAAAUUCUUCAUUUGAUGAUUUAUUGUUAAGUUCAUCUGCUGUUAAAAAUUUAGCAAAAGCUAAAUCAAAUACUAGAAUAAAUCAAUCCAUGAGGGAAGAACAAGAAGAGGAUGAUCCAACGAUUCCAAUCAGGAGAAGAACACUACAUCCAUUAAGGGAACCUUUGAAAGAAAAUAUAAAGUCUUAUAAGGAGAAAGAAACUUCAAGAGGGAAAAGCAAUAGAGAGAUAAGAUUGGAUGAACAGUUGUUGUUGGAUUCAAUUGAUCAAAAUAUUAUGGAAUUGGAUAACAUUACCAAACAUGUCAAUGGUCUCAAACUGAACAAUAAAAAUGAUAAUGAGCUGGAGAGGAAAUAUAAAGAAAUUAGACAAGAGUUGAUUACAGAAUUGAAAAAAAGUAAGAAACUAUAUGACUCUUAUUAUGAAUUUGUGGAGAAAUAUAAAGAUUUGAAGAAAAAAUAUAAAGAAAGUUCAACUGAAGAUGUUGAUUCUCUGUUGAUGAUUAAAAAUUUGAAGAAAGAGAUAAAUUUUUAUAAGGAAGAAAAUGAAUUGUUGAACCACGAGUUGAAAUCUAAAGAAGCCAAAUAUCUGGAGACUGAUACUACUAUUCAUGAUUUAAAGUCAACAUUACAAAAUUCUUCAAAUUUUGAAGCAACACUGAGAAGAAAGAUAAAAUAUUUUGAAGAUAAAAUUGAACAAAAAGAUGAGGAUUUUAGAAAUGAAAGAUUUCAAUUGAAUGAAAAAAUAUUCAUGUUGGAAACAACUGCAAAAGAUGAUGAAGAAAGAUAUAAAUCUGAUUUGAGGAAAGCUGAAGAAAGAAUAAAACAAUUGGAAAGAAAAUUGGAACUGAAAUCAACUAUUGCCAAAUACGAAAACUUGAGUGUCAUCCCAGAAUACAGAAACAAUGGGUACAACGAAGUUAAAUAUGAGGAAAAUGAUGAUACAAUUAAUUUGUUAGAGAGAAGAUAUCCAGAUAGAAGACCAAGUUAUGCGAAACCAACUUCAGAAAAAAGAUAUAGUACUGGGAAUUUACCAAACCUUACAAGGAAAAGACCAACAUCACUAUCACCUGAUUUCCAAAGAGAUAACCAAGAGCUGUUCAAGAAUUUUGAUGAAUCCACUGCAUAUGUUAAUAAUGAAAAUUAUGCUCCAAGAAGCACCACCAGAUCAAAUUCUCUGAGGUCAAAUAAUGGUAGAUACUACAACUUUAAGGACACCAACAACAACCACAACAACAACAAGGAGAACCACCAUAAACGAUACUCAAACCCUUUAUUACCGGACCUUACGUUUAAUUCAAGUGAAAUAGGAUUUCGUUACAUCUUUCAUUGUAGUAUCUUCCCAAUACGGUAA